AUAUAGUGAAUGCGGGGUCCGUGGAGAGAGGAUAUAGUGAAUGCAGGGUCCGGGGAGAGAGGAGAUAGUGAAUGCAGGGUCCGGGGAGAGAGGAGAUAGUGAAUGCAGGGUCCGGGGAGAGAGGAGAUAGUGAAUGCAGGGUCUGGGGAGACCGGAUAUAGUGAAUGCAGGGUCCGGGGAGAGAGGAUAUAGUGAAUGCAGGGUCUGGGGGAGACCGGAUAUAGUGAAUGCAGGGUCCGGGGAGAGAGGAUAUAGUGAAUGCAGGGUCUGGGGAAGGUCUGAUUUAUGAAUGCAUGAUAAAUAGAAACUGAUACUGGAGAAUUCA